AUGACAACUCUAUUUAACAAUAUUAGUUUAAAUGAACGACUAUUUAACAUGUUCAACUCAUCUAUUUUGAAACACCGAACUCUCAAAGGUCUACUUUCGCUACUUACCUCUGUGUUGUUUUUAUGGAUUGUUGCUUCACCUAGAUUUGGCAUUGGGCCAUCGUAUGGCCAAAAUGGUACUCUUAACGUACUUGAUUUUGGUGCCUCUGGUGAUGGCAUAGCAGAUGAUACUGAAGCUUUCUUAAAUGCAUGGAAGACACUUUGUGAGACCGGCCAAACCCUAAACAUCCCCGCAGGGAAGACCUUUGUAGUCAAACCUCUUCAACUUGUAGGUCCAUGCAAAUCCAAUAACGUUGGAAUUCAGAUUGAUGGGAAUAUUGUCGGUCCAUCCACUCUUAGCGAAUGGGCAGACGCGUGCAAAAUCGGACAAUGUUGGCUAUGCUUUCUAAACGUGAAGGGCCUCGUCAUCAAGGGGGAAGGACUUAUAAAUGGCAAUGGUCCAAUUUGGUGGAAACAAGAAACCCAACCCAUAAAUGAGACUGACAUGACUUGCAAACCACCUACGACUUUAAACUUCCACAAAUGCGACCAACUUCAAUUAUCUGGAUUUACUUCCCGUGAUAGUCCGAGAGCCCAUAUAUUUAUACAUAGCAGCAAUAAUGUACGUAUCUCAAACAUUCACUUGAGUGCACCAGAAAAAAGCCCGAAUACUGAUGGCAUUGACAUCUCUUUAUCAAGCCAAGUAACCAUACAAGACUCUUUCAUCGGAACUGGUGAUGAUUGCAUUGCAAUUAAGGGAGGCUCCUCUUUUGUAAACAUAACUCAUGUAACAUGCGGACCAGGUCAUGGCUUCAGUGUGGGUAGUUUAGGACAAGAUCCAGCUACUACAGAUAAUGUCGAACACGUAUACUUUCAGAAUUGUAUCUGCAACAAAUCUGCAAACUGUGCAAGAAUCAAAACAUGGAUGGGUGGAGCUGGGUAUGCUCGGGCGAUUUUCUUCAGACAAAUGACCCUUGAACAGUCACAAAAUCCUAUUAUAAUUGACCAACACUACUGCAAUGGCGGACAUAAUUGCCCAGCUAAGGUAAAAACGGGAGCAGUGAAAGUUAGCAAUGUAACAUUCAGUGGCAUUACCGGAACUUCAGCAAGUGAGCAAGCAAUAACACUGGAUUGCUCCGACUUGGGUUGUACCGAUAUCUUGAUGGAUCAUGUCAACAUAACCUCCGCAUCCGGACUGCCACUUCGUUCUGUGUGCAACAAGGCCAGUGGGAAAGCUAGUUUUACUUCACCUCCGAUUCCUUGCCUGUCGUCGAAUGGAUCUUUGUCAUCAGUGAUUGCACCAAUCUCGGUCAACACUUAA